ACUUGGCGAUUUUUUUAAGCGAACAGGACAUGAUCUCACAUGUAGCGAGCUCUUUUAGUUCCUUAAUCAUUUCACGGUUUGUUCAGAGCCUUUUCUCCACCUAAAACGUUUAGUUUCGGAUCAAUGGGCAGCACCAAAGACGCGACGGGGUAGCGGAAGAGUCAAAUUAUCCGGAGCCGACAAAACACACACACACACACACACACACACACACAGCGAAAAGGAGAAACUUUUUUUCCAGUCUUUUCACAAAGGAUUCGAAAUACCACAACUAGUAUGGAAAAAAACGGCAGCGCCCUCAGGAACAUCCGAUCAGGGCAUGGCGGGGUGAAUCAGCUCGGAGGAGUCUUUGUGAAUGGCCGCCCUCUCCCCGAUGUUGUCCGGCAGCGAAUCGUGGAACUGGCCCACCAAGGAGUGAGACCCUGCGACAUCUCCAGACAGCUCAGAGUGAGCCACGGCUGCGUUAGCAAGAUUCUGGGCAGGUACUAUGAGACUGGAAGUAUAAAACCGGGAGUAAUUGGAGGAUCCAAACCAAAGGUCGCUACACCCAAAGUGGUAGAUAAAAUCGCCGACUACAAGCGUCAAAACCCCACCAUGUUUGCCUGGGAGAUCCGAGAUAGACUGUUGGCAGAACGAGUCUGUGACAAUGAUACAGUGCCCAGUGUCAGUUCUAUUAACAGGAUUAUUCGAACAAAGGUGCAGCAGCCUCCAAAUCAGCAAUCACCAGUUUCGUCCCAUACUAUAGCACCAAGCACUGUGCCAGUGACUCCAGUUCCUUCUGCUGCCACAGAUUCAGCAGGAUCUUCCUACUCCAUCAGUGGAAUUCUGGGAAUCACGCCAUCUAACAAUGAGAACAACAAGAGAAAACGCAAUGAAGGUCCUCAGGAAAAUCCAAUGCACAAUGGUCACUCCCACCCGAGCAGGGAUUUUCUGCGGAAGCAGAUGCGUGGAGAGCUCUUCACACAGCAGCAGCUAGAAGUGUUAGACAGAGUCUUUGAAAGACAGCACUACUCAGACAUCUUCACAACUACAGAGCAGAUCAAAUCCGAGCAGAAUGCAGAGUAUUCCACCAUGGCAUCACUAGCUGGAGGACUGGAAGAUAUGAAGUCGAGUCUAACAAAUCCAGCCGAUGUAGGGGCCAGUGCUCCAGGACCUCAAUCUUACCCAAUUAUUACAGGUCGCGAUUUGGCCAGCACGACUCUUCCUGGUUACCCUACACAUGUGCCCCCUGCUGCACAGGGCAGUUACCCACCCCCAACACUGACAGGAAUGGUGCCUGGAGGCGAUUUUUCUGGGAGCCCAUAUUCCCAUCCGCAGUAUACAACUUAUAAUGACUCCUGGAGAUUUCCCAAUGCUGGAUUAUUAAGUUCCCCCUAUUAUUACAGCACCGCAGCCCGUGGGUCAGCACCUGCUGCCGCCACUGCAGCCUACGAUCGUCACUAGCCAGGGUGGGGGGAUGCACAGGCUGCAGGUAGUGAAGAAAUUGUGCACUUACAACACAUAUCAAUCAGGUCUGAGACAACAGGAAAUGUGUGAUGCUGAGAAGGUCAGAUGUGAACUUCCUGCAGGAUAAUCAAACUCCCUCUCGGAACGACUGCUGCCAAACGCUUGCUGUUUUCACUGCAGAGCAACGGAAACUGCUGACCUUGGACCCAACCUGAUAAUUAUCCAGGCAACCGACAGAGUCCAUCCACUUAUUAUUGAAGAAAGGCUGUUCAUUUUUGUUUAAAUAUUUAAAAAUAUGGUUUUAUUAGGAGGUUGAUAUUUUAUUCUAUAUAAUUAUUUUUCUGGGAAACAAUUUCAAAAUGAAAGGCAGCAAAGGGCUGCCAAUAUUUAAAACCAUGACCUUGAUUACUGAAUCACUGCACUUGAAUAUUUGCGGAGUGUUAUUGGCAAGAGAGAAAGGUAUAUGUACGUUAAUGACACACUGCAUUCUAUCACAAGACCCUCCACCUUAACCCUCUGUGUACAAGGACAAAAUGUACUUUAAAAUAGCUUCAUUAAAAUACUCACGUUUCCUGAAAUAGUUGAAAAUAUUGCACUUACUUCCAGACUGUGAAUUAGAGUUUAUCGAAGUAAUAUUUGGCAAUGAUAAUUUAAAAAUGAUUGUUGCACUACUUUUGCAACAGGAUUUUCUAAGUUGCCAGGAGGUCCUACAUUGAGGGUCAAGUGGGAACUGAAUCAGAACAGAUCUUGCACUGAUAGUAACAAAUACACAGGACACCCAGAAUAAUGAGCAGGUUCUGAACAGCCAAACAUGCUGAAAACCAGAUAUGGCCACAUGCUGCAGCUGUAUCCAUGAUCUUGGUGUAAUGUGGGAGGCACUCAGUAACGGUCUGGCUCCAUUUCAAAACUACCUUUGAGUGUGUGAGUUCUCAUAUGUAACAUUAAAGGUUCCGUUGUUAAAGAGGGUACAGGGAGGGUGCUGGAAGUGUGAUGGCAACAAACCUAACACAAAACCUGCUGCAGACUCCUGCUGUGAUGCCUGGCUGGCAAAAUUAGAGCACAAGGUGACAACAGGAUUUCAGUACCAUGGCCGGGGG